UCUUUAAUAUGUUUUAUGUACUUUAAUUAUAUCUACAUGUACAUGUGUAGCAUAUUUUGUGUAUUUAAUAAAAUGCAUUGAAGGACCACCUCAACAACAGAGCUCCACCUUUUAGAAUCACUAAACAGUUUAUUUUAAAGUGCUGGCCGGUCUACUCUUGGGAGAGAUGAUUAUGGAUCCCUCUGCUAUUAACCGCCUUACAUCAUUCUCCGUGAUUCUCCUUGGCCUCCUUAUUCCGUUCUUGUUGCUUGAUUCCACUGUGGGACUCGAGGCAUGCAGCUCAAAGCGACCUGAUUUUACUCUGCAAGCCCCAUUUCACAGUGGCUGUACAGGGCUGGAACUGCCUAACUGCAUUAGGACUUCAAUACAAAGCUGUAGAUCUAAUGGAAGCUGCCUUGUACAAAAGACAUUAAAUAUAACCCGCAUGAUGAGUCUACAAGUAGGAAGAAAGUACUUGCUUGAAACAUUUGUAGAAAAUGUUAUUAAUCUGACAAAAAGGCCUGAGAAUAUGAAUAAGAAUAUAAGGACUGGUAUCAUGAGAGAAUACACAUACGUUUGUCAUAAGGUUUUUAAUGAAAGUCUGCAGGAUUGUUUUGCCGAAUUUAUUGCUGUUUGUCUCGAUUUACCCAGUCAUAGAUCUCCAUCACCAUGUAUCAAUUUAUUGUACAAUCACUGCCUAAACCGUACAAAAGAUUGCAGGGAAGCAGUCGAAAAUGAAAUAGAAGAGAUAAUAGAAGAAGAAUGCGAUGAAGAUUACGAUGAUUGUGAAGAGCUAAUUGAUGAUACAUUCAAUAAUCAGUUUAGAUUCAAUUCAAUGAAAAGGAUAGGCACUGCACUUCGGGUCAGCAGUAAUUCGAAAACAAAAAAUGCAACAAGGCUAUUUGAAAAGAGAAGGAAAGUCAUCAGAGAGUUGGUUGGAAAUAUCAAUAAUGUUUCUAGUAUCAUGGACCAAGAAGAUGUACAAAUUCUAUAUGAAGUGAUGGAUUCAUCUUUCAAUAUUAGUCAUGUCUCAUCACUUUCACUUUCACUAUCAGAUAAAAUUGGUCCCAUGCUACUGACAAAUCUUAAAGAAAUGAACAUUGUUUUUGGUAAAGCUAUACUCAGUGGUGGAGGAAGAAUUAAAAAUGACUAUAAGUUUAAUGGAAAUAAUUUAGGUGUGUCAUUUAAAAUCACUGAUGACAAUGACAAUUCCUUUGAACACUCAUCAGAUGAAGGAUUGUCCGUGAAAAUAAAUUUGCCCAGGACUGCACUGUGUCAAUCAAUGGGUAUGAAAAUGAAUAAAAGAAAUAAUAAAAAAGAUGAUGAUGAUGAUGAAGAAGAUUAUGAUGAAGAUGUACCUGAUAGAUACAGCAACUGCUUUACUCCUCAAUUCCCAUCUAACUGCAGAUAUGUUAUCAUGUCAUCAAUUACACAAAACAUUGAUACUUUAUUUGAAGAGAUAUCCAAUAGAACUCUGCUCAGUAUUAUUUCAUCAAUCCAAGUAGUUUCAAAUGAUACCACAGAUGUUAAUGGCAUGUUUGAUUUGUAUGAAAAUAUCAGCAUUACUUUUAAUGUCAGCAAAUUCAACAAUACUAACCCAAUGUGUCACUAUUGGAACCCAUCAUUGCAGAACUGGUCCACUGAUGGCAUGACAACAACAAUGCUAUCCAGUUCUCAAGUAUUGUGUACUAGCAACCACUUGACUAGUUUUGCUGUACUGGUUGAUCACUCUGGUGUUACUAGUGAGAAUGAUGAUCCUUCCAUUAGUCCUGCAGAGCAAAUUGGUUUUCAAGUUGUUGGGUACAUUGGUUGUAUCAUUUCAAUCAUUGCUUUAUUGUUUGCCAUUGUCCUCCUUGCUCUGCUAAGAAAGCAGCUCCAGAAAGGUCCACUGUUGUACGUGCACAUUAACUUGUCACUUGCUUUACUGUUAGCAUUACUGGUGUUUGUUUUUGGGAUUGAAUUGCCAAGAUCUAUACCAUGGCUGUGUUCAGUUUUGGCUGGAUCACUGCACUAUUUGUUCCUGUGUGUAUUCUGUUGGUCAUUAGCUGAAGGGAUUAUGCUGUAUAUAUUGAUAGUAAGAGUGUAUGGAUCACUAGCUGACAGAUGGUAUCUAUUACUACCUCUUGGAUGGGGUCUACCUAUUAUCAUUGUUGGUAUAUCUACUGGAAUAAAGCAUGAUCUUUAUGGUACUAAUGAUUAUUGUUGGCUAUCAACCAGUAAAGGAAUGAUAUGGUCAUUCAUUGGACCAAUGCUGUUCAUCAUAAUAAUUAACAUUAUUCUCCUUGCAAUGACCAUCUAUCAGAUAAUGCAUUCAAAAUCUUUUAAAGCUGCAACAGGAGCUGAUCCUAACCUAAAGAAAAUUGAUUUAGUCAAAACUGGUCUGAAAGGCGUCCUGGUAUUAUCACCAUUGCUAGGCAUAACGUGGGUCAUUGGGAUAUUUGCUUUCAGUCAACAAACUACAAUUUUCCUUUGGCUUUUCACAAUAUUGAAUUCAUUACAAGGAUUAACCAUCUUGUACAUGCAUGUUUUAAGAAAUAAAUUUAUAAGUGAUUGGGUGAAGAAGAAACUGUCCCACUGCUUAAGAAGAACAAAGGAGAAGUCUCUCUCUAGCAAUUCAACUAAUGAAACAUUUAUGAAGAAUUCAAGCAUUGAGUCUAAAGCUUAAAAAAUGAACUUAAUUUGCUUGUGUAAAAUAGUUGGCUGUCACUAUAUUCAUCAUGUUCCUACAUACAGAGCUUCAUCUGACAUUCAUACGAUUUUUAUUGUUUUAUAUUAUUUUUUUACAUCAAAAAAAACACGCAAGACAAAAAUUUAGACACAAUCAUAUUUUGUUUUUUACAGCAAAGCAUACGAAAUCACACUUUAUAAAUU